AAGCAUCAGCUCUUGCUUGAAGGUGAUAAACGAAACUGAAGUUGUCCUGUCCAGUAUUGGCACUCUACUUCUAAACUAGUCACUGCGACUUCACACACACUGAACUAUAUCGAGUUUAUUUAGAGGAAAUUCGACUGCACAGUCCUCAUCACCAUGUCAUAUCAUAGAGCUUCAGACACGAGGAGGGAGCAGUUUCGAAGAUACUUGGAGAAAGCUGGAGUUGUUGACAGUCUUACCAGAGUACUCGUGGCUUUGUACGAACAACCUGAAAGGCCCAACAAUGCACUGGAAUUUGUGAAGCAGCACCUUGAUGCUGCAGGCCUGACUUUGACUGACACUGAGCAUCUGCAGCAGGAGGUGACUGACCUGAGGCAGAGGUGUGCACGUCUAACAGAGGAAAACAGAGACCUCAAAACAAGGCUGCAGCGCUAUGAGCUGGAAUCAGAAGGUGGCGCCACAGCUGAAUAGACCACAGCAGAGCUUUGGUUUGUUUUUGUUAAUAUCACUGGCACUUUGAAUUUCUACAUAAGAGAACAAUGUUAAGUUAAAGCCAAUCUUUUUUUAAAUAUAGAUUGUGCUGCUUUUCCUGGGUUUCUUUUUUGUUUGUUUAAUGUAAAGUAUCCUCCACUGUACAGUAUGUUUGUGAGUUUUUGUAUUGUAAGCCUGAAUGAGAAAGUGCCCUCAUGUCAACUCACUUCUUUAGACUUGGUUAAUCAUUUUUUUUUGAAGAUGUCAGUAACCAGUAUUUAGUUACACUGCUAAUCAUGUUAUUUUGUUUUAUUUUACAUUGUGAUAAAGAUGAAAACUUACUUACCUA